AUGAAGGACACCGGUGAAGAUGAUUUUGGGAGGAUCCCCGAAGUUGGAUUGCCCACAACUACGGGUGAAGAUGAUUUGAUAGACCAGGUGGCGAGUCGCCCAAAAUGGACACAGUUCUGUGACCGAUUGGCACAAGAUAUGUUUCGUGAUUGGCAGAAUAAUAAUGCAAACGAAUCCUUUUUGUGUAAAAGAGGCCUUCGUGAGAACAGGUACCACCAUGGACUGCUCAUGUACCUAAGGAAGUUGGCGAUCUUCCUCCUCCCAAACAGCAAGACAACGUACGUGGAGCCCGCAUUGAAGUUGAAGAUACCAGACUGCACCCUUCAAGGUGAACCACACAUCAGCUCAAAUAUACAUGUGUGGAUGAAGAACUAUAGGAGUGUGGCACUCAUCAAAGGAACUUCAGGCUUCGGGUGGAGUGAGAAUCAAUCUGAUGGAAGCCCAGGCCUUCGCAUGGGUAGCAUUUCAGGUACGGAGUCCGAGUCCGGAAAUAGGGCAGGGAAGAGGGUGAACGGUAGCAAAAAGAAGGGAGACAGUCCCUUCGAGGAGCGUUUUCUGGAUAUCAUGCAGUCCUUUUCCCAAAAUACAAAAGAGAGCUUGAAUGGGAUUGCAUGUAGGCUUGGAUUUGAGCAUGAGGUGGAGAAGAAAAGAAAUGUCGUGUUUGACUCAUUGUCUAAUAUGCAUUUCCUGUCAAAAGAGGAUAAAAUGGUUGUCACGAUGCGCUUAUGUAAGAACCAACAUGAGCUGUCAAUGUUUUUCAGCCUGUCCAUGGAAGAUAAAGCUAUCAUGGGGAUGGACAACAUGGAUGUUGACAGUGACGGUCCUUAUUUCUUCAAGGCUGUUCAGUUUCGUACGCUCCAUACCAUGGUAAGAUAG